UACAUUUUUAUGAAGAGAGAAAACAAUUGUUUGUUAUGUGAAUGUAGGUUCAGGAGUCUCAAUGUUUUUUAAGAGACUCAUUUGGAAUUGUUUAUGGUGUCCCUGCAACAUCAUAUCCAAAAGGGCUCUUCCUUACAGCUUGUAGUUCCUCUCUACCACUUUAUUAUAUUACAACACUUGGUUUUACCAGAAAAUAGUAUUUGUCAAAUGUUAACCUGGUGCCUGUUCCAAGAAGCAGUUUAGUUUAACUUUCGAAGUAACUGUCCCCUUUUGGUCACCCUCAAAGUUAUCUGGUGAAUAAGUAACCUGAUUUCUACAACAGGUUAAAUAAAAAAUAUAUUUAUUGGCACGUUUAGCAUAUUCACACCAGCUUUUAAAAACUGAUUAACAAAGACACCGGCAGUGGUUUAUGACUUUUAUUGUGCCCAGGUCACUCUAACUUGGUUUCCUUAUAUGCUUAAACCACCUCUAAAACACUCAGUUCUUUCAAUAAAUGACCCAUUCUUCUUUACCUCUGAUUACAAAAAUACAUACUUCUCUAUUGAUGAUUGUGAGGUAAGUGUGCUACUGUGCUAAUAUAAUGUUAUGGAGGACCAAAAAAAGUCACAUUUCUGCAUUAAAUAGCUGUAAAUAUGUUGGAAUGUAUUACAAGGCAUUACAACAAGCUCGUUCUUGGUAGCAGAGUUGAAAAGGUACUGUAGGUUUGACAAUUGUUUUGUGGCUAAGGACAGCUUCAAAUAUAGCAGAACAAGUUCAUUACUAAAGUAGUAUUAUAUCCACAUACAUUUUUAUGUAAAUGUUUCUUGAACUUGUUAUGGAAAUGUAAAGUGAUUACAGCUAUAAGCCAUAAGACUCAUUACAGGAGAGAACAGUCCAACAUAAUAAAUAUUAUAAUCUCAUUAUUACAUAAAGUCUGUUGUGGAAAAGUAUGCAGUGCAAAAGUCAAAGCAUAUGACUGGCAGAUCCUACAGUUUGUAGCUGCGUCUUUAUUUUUCUUGCAUGUUGCACCAUGGGAAUUAUAUAAGAUCAAAAAAUGAAAAAUUACUGGCAUUAUUUAUUAGGACAGUUAAAUACCCUGGCAUUAAAGUGUUCAGCCUACUAUAAAACAGAUCUUUCAGGUUUAAACAACACCAAUACCUCAGGUGCAGUCUCCUUAGUUAUAUAACAAUUGAAAUAAUGAUAGAACUUUAUGAAUGUUCCUAUAAAUAUACAAACUAAGGUCAUUUUUAAUUCCAAGUUUAAAUGUGCAUAUGUUAAUAGCUCAUCAGUUUAGAUUCUUCCAGAUUUGUUUCUUUCCUAUCUCUCUUGUGAUAACAAACGUGUGUCAGCUCACAGUGGUACGUGCAAAACAGCGCAGAUAGGCUUAAACCACUCACACACACACACACACACACACACACACACACACACACACACACACACACACACACACACACACACACACACACACACACACACACAAACACAACACAAUUACUUACAAGAUUGCUUCAGCAUUCUUAUGAACUUUUGACCUCUUGUUCCACACAAUCAGCACUUUUAAGGUGUCUUCAUGGUUGGGGGAGUCCUACAGGAAGAAAAGCUGUGACAGGUUUGGCAUACAUAUUCAUAUAACAAACACAAGUAUGUGUUUUAUUUUUCUGCCGUCUUACAUCACGCUGUUAUGUACAUACAGUACCUCUUGAUGUAUUUUCUUUUUACUUUAAAUUUCCACCGGCCGUAAAACGAGUGCACUACUUGUUGAUCUCCAGAAGAAACAAAUGGUUCUCUUGUUGGCCUUACUCCAAGGAGGUUAAAGUGGAUGGUGAGCUACAUUAAAUGUUUAAUUGGAAGGAAUGACAAUUUUAAAAGUAUACUGUAGGCAAAUAUGUGAUAACUUGAUUUAAAAGGCAUCAAAUAAUCCAGAUUUUGUCUUUGCUGUGUCAAUAAGCUUUAGGGUUAUUUCUUUUGACAUACAAAUACCAACAUCCACCCUGAACAACCUUAGGAUGAAAUCAGCUGAUUGUUCAGAGCAGGUUAGGGCUCCAAAUGCUGCUGAGGAAUGGGAGAGCACUUAAUGAAACCGUGUUACCUGUGGCAGUGCACCUGUUUAGGGCACUUUGUGUCAUUUUAUGGACCUAAAGUUGCACAUUCAAUAUUGUGGGGGAGUCCACACCAGGUUAUCUGGCCUUUCAGCUGGAACUUGAUUCUGUUUAAAUGCUUUACUCUCUAUUAAAUAACACAACUUUGAUAAGCUUGUAGAUUUGUUCUUUUCUAACCAGAAGGUGAUAAGUGUGAUAAGAAAAGCUGGAAGGCCAGAUGACCUGCACAACCAAUGCAGUACAAGGAUCUGACCCCGAUCAAACAUUAAACAAGACUCUUAAAGGGAAGGAAGACGAAAAUGGGAAAGGAAAUAGCCAAUCAAGUUCUACAUUACAGGGUAUUGCAAGAUUGCUGGCUAUACAGGGGUUAAGCUUUGACUUGUUAGGUAUAACCAAUGAUAAUUUGCCUGACAAUGGUCACAGUGGCACCCGUCUGUCUGUCGAAUGUCUGAGAACAUAAGGUUGCCGGUCGUUUGUAAUAAAGGUGUGAUAAAAGCCUGAGUGGGACAGCCGUAGUUUACAUAGAACUGAUACAUUUAAACUGUGAGACAAGAAACCCAAGGCAGUAUAAAACCUACCAUAAUGACAUAUAUAAAAUUAAAUUAGACACAUGGUCAUUUCUACGAUAAAUACCUAAUUGCCUUUCUAUUCUUACUAUAACAGAGUUUAACAUUUAUCACAGGAUAUCUGUAUAAAGGAUGUGUGUUGUGCUUCCAGUCAAGUUAAUCCUGUUUAUUUUUGGUUUUUUCUCCUUUUCGAGUGUUGGGAGGUGGAUGGAGACACUUUAAACAAAUCUGUAUACUAUUGUGUAAAAAAAAGGCUGCAGCUGGCUGGUGGUGGUAGCGGCUCUGGCGGCCUCUCUGAGUGGCCUGAUGCUGGGUUAUGAAAUGGGCCUGACCUCUGGGGUCCUGCUGCAGCUGCGGGAACUCCUCUCACUCUCCUGCAGGGAACAGGAACUGCUGGUCAGCUCCCACCUGCUCGGCGCUCUGCUCAUGAGCCUGGCCGGAGGUCCUCUUCUGGAUCGCUACGGCCGCCGCUUCUCUUUGCUCCUGAGUGCCGCCCUGGUAGUCGGAGGGACCGUCAUGCUCAUCGCAGUCAACACACUUGUUUUUUUCACCCUGGGCCGGGUGAUAGUCGGCAUGGGUACAGCGCUGUCUGGGACAGGAGCGUGCCUGUACAUCGCAGAGAUCUCACCGAGGGAGAGGAGGGGGCUGCUGGUCACGCUGUACGAACUGAUGUUGGUUGUGGGUGUAAUGCUGGGAUUCGGCUGUAGUUACGCAUUCUCUACUCUGCCCCAUGGCUGGGCCUAUACAUUUGGACUAGUAAUCCCCCCCGCACUGCUGCAAAUCGGUGUCCUUGUGUUCCUCCCAGCCAGCCCACGCUUCCUGGUCACCCGGGGUAAAGUGGAGCAGGCCAGGAUGGUGCUGGCCCGAAUGAGAGGUGGGGUUCAGGAGCAUGUGGAAAAGGAGCUCAGAGACAUUCAAGCAGGACUUAAAGAGGAAUCAGAGCACAGUUUCUGGGAGCUGUUCAGUAGCAAGGCUAACUUGCGUACACGGAUGCUGACAGGCGUGGCUUUAGUCUUCCUUCAGCAGGCUACAGGUCAACCCAACAUCCUCUCCUACGCUUCACCGCUCCUCCGCAGCAUGGGCUUCAACAGCGACGCCGCAGCGACCUUGGCCUCCACAGGGUUCGGGGUGGUCAAAGUAGUUGGCACCAUCCCAGCAGUGUUGCUGGUCGACCGCGUGGGACCCAAGAACUUUUUGUGCGCUGGUGCCGUCGGAAUGGGAGUGUCGCUACUUGCCCUCGGUACAUUGACACUGCAAAGCCACACCCAUCUCGCCAGCCUGUGUAAAAGUCACAUGAUACCAAACCACACACACACGCCGUUGGAUUUAAACAGAUCAUCUAUAGACUUUGGCAACAGUGACAUGUUUGCUACUGGCUUCCCCAGCCAAUGGGACAGUGAGGAUGCACAGUGGACUAACAGAGAGGAUGAUGGGAUUAGUGAGUCGGCAAGGACUCCUGUGGAAGUGUCCUCCUUUAUGAAGUGGGCCGCAUUGAUCAGCUUGCUGAUGUUCGUAGCAGCCUUCUCCAUUAGCCUGGGGCCAAUGGUGUAUGUGGUUCUCAGUGAGAUCUUUCCGAUGGGAGUACGAGGUAGAGCUGUGUCGGUGGUGUCGGCUGUAAACUGGGCCACUAACCUGCUCAUCUCCAUGACCUUCCUCACAUUUACAGAAAAGUUUGGUCUCCCCAACGUGAUGUUCCUCUACGCUGCUAUGAGCUUUGUCCUACUGGUGUUCAUCAUUCUCUGUAUCCGUGAGACCAAGGGUUGCACGCUUGAGGAAAUAUCAAAAGAACUGGCUAAGAAGAAGCAUUUUGAGGGGAGGCUCUGCAGACAGGAGAGCCUGAUCUCCAGCAGUACAUCCACAGCGAAUCAAGCAAACGUCUGAUCUUAUCAUUUAUUUUCCAACCGUACACCUCACCUGAAAAGAGAGUCCGGAGCCUUUAUUAGCACUGUUAAGAACUUGGGCUCGUACACUCCAGCAGAUCCUGUCUUGAUGGCUGACUCACAUCCUUCUGCUACAUGCUGCACAUGAACGACGGAAUCAACCGGAUGGGGAUAACGGAAAUUGCAUUUGCAGGAAAUAAUUAAACAAUGAAGAUUUUAUUAUUUGCUUACAUGAGUACAACUCAGGUCUGACUUCAGGAAGAAAAGAUAAAGAUUGGGAUGAAUUUAAAUUCUUGGUAAAAAUUCCUUUCUCGUAUUACCUACCAAUUUCAGGGAAUACUUCAACCCCAACAUAAUGACUUCUAGUGAAACCUUGAAUUCUUGAAGGAAAUUUAUUUUUCUCAAACGUCUCUAAGAUUCCAGGGUAUUGUCAUUUUUGGGGUGAAGUAUUACCUUCAGAAUACAGUUCCAAUGAGGCGGAAAUGGACAUGAAGGAAAAACCACUCAAACUGUACUACUACAGGUUUUUAGUUAAGACAAAAGAAUGCCUCGUAUAAACUUCAUUAGGGUAAUCAAAGAUGUACUAAUACGGGUGUCCAAACUAUGGCCAGGGGGCCAUCUGCGGCCCCUGGUUCAUUUUUAAUUGGACCACACAUGAAACUUGUGCUUGUCUUGUAUUGUACUUCUUGAAUAUGUAAACCUAUAUUACACAGUAGUAUGCAUGUGUUAAUAAGCCCACUUUUCAAAUAUAUUCAGUCAAUUUAAGUUGAAACAUUUUCAAACAAAUCUUAGUUAAUAAAAGAAAGCCCAUUAACUUAUUUACAUAACAAGCUUGAAAUAAACCCUUCAUAUUUCCCAUUAUAGUAAGCUGUGAUGUAGGCUGUUUGUUUUCUUGAAGCAUAUUCAAUUAUCAAGCCUUAUUUACCUACAUUUGAAUGAUUUUGCUAACUUAACUUAUGAGGCAAUAUACCUCACCUCUAGUGAGGGGCCCAAACAUUCAUACUGUAUGUGGCCCAAAGUUUGGACACCCCUGUACUCAACUAUCAGACACUAACCACUUAUGUUUGUAACAUUCUUUGGAUUGCAAAUGAAUGCAUUUUUUUGAUUAUGUAUGUGCUGCUCCCUGUCAUAUUUAUUGUAACAAAACUAGAGCCAAGUGGCUCCUCUUUUUACAUGGGAACGAUCAAUCAAGAAAAUGAUGACUCAACAAGUUCACUUUUACUGUAUGCCCGGCUGCUGAAGAAUUACUAAACUCAUCAGGUAUGGUAGUAUUACUGGCUAGACAAUAUUGGUACUAGACGUACUGUGUGAUGAAAUGAUUUUUUUACUCGUACAAUUUGAUACUGUUGCUUAUCUUUUUCUCCGGGAGGGAUUUAUCUUUAGUCUGACACGCUGAAAAUCUUGAAACCAUGAAAGUGCUUCACUCCACCUGUAAUGAGGCCAUGUACACAAAGAGAGUAAAUGAUACAAAGUCAACUGUAGUUUUAAUUGUUGAUCCUUUAUUUUUAUACAAAAUACAAAAUUCUGAACAAGUGUCACAAAUGUUCAGUAGACACUAGUUCAAAAAGUCCAUCGCACAUACUUAAGACGACAUGUCAACGGCUAUAUCAACAUGUUUCCAUCAGAUGCCUCUAUUAUAUACAUACAUCUGUUGCCUGACAUUAGGUUGUCCCAAUUAAAAACACUUUGUUAUCGGUUGUUCAGGAGAAUGAUCAUCUGUGAAGUGUUGCUUUUUUGGGGGGACUGGCUAGUGCCAUUGUCAUUACCUCUGAACACUGUGAAAUGGAACGGCUGCUUUGGAGAUUAGGAGUUCCUUACUAAAAAAAAAUGACUCUUUUUUAAAAACUUUUUUUUAAAGAGUUUCUGUUACUCUAUUCUGUGCUUCUUGAGCAAUUUCAAAGACUAACGAUGGACGGUGUUUCAUAACUAUUCCUUGCCUUGUGUCAGCACCAAUGACCUGGGAUUAACCAUAAAUUCUGUUUAGUUAAAAACCUGUGAGUCUUCUAUGGUGACACACAUAAAACAUUUCAUUAUA